AGCCAUCGAACCGAACAUUCUCGAACCUUUUAAACGGCUUUGAGUCCCAACUUGAUUCAACGCGCUUCAAUUUUUUAAAGGCACGAAAAGGAAAAGUAGAGAAAAGAAUCGUUCUAGGACCGUCAGAUCCAACUCCGAAAGAUCGUGCGGUUACAUAGCGAGCCACCGAACAUUCUCGAAACACGAGUCACAAGACUCUAUAUAGACUUCUCCUUCGACGACAUAUUCUGGAAAAAAAAAAAAACCUAGCCGCAAUUCCCUCUAUUCUUCUAAGAUUUUUGUUCAUUCGAUUUUAGCUUAAACUUGAGCAAGCGUUAACAAUGGCUGGUAAAGGAGAAGGUCCUGCUAUCGGUAUCGAUCUCGGUACCACUUACUCUUGUGUUGGAGUUUGGCAACACGACCGUGUUGAGAUCAUUGCUAAUGAUCAAGGUAAUAGGACCACACCGUCGUACGUCGCGUUCACUGAUAGCGAACGGUUGAUUGGUGACGCCGCGAAGAAUCAGGUUGCUAUGAACCCGAUUAACACUGUUUUCGAUGCGAAGAGGUUGAUUGGUCGUAGAUAUACUGAUAGCUCUGUGCAAAGUGACAUCAAAUUGUGGCCCUUCACGAUCAAAUCUGGACCUGCUGAAAAACCCAUGAUCGUCGUUAACUACAAGGGAGAGGAUAAAGAGUUUUCUGCUGAAGAAAUCUCUUCUAUGAUUCUCAUCAAGAUGCGUGAGAUUGCUGAAGCCUACCUUGGUACAUCGAUCAAGAACGCUGUUGUUACCUGUUCCAGCUUUACUUCAAUGACUCUCAGCGUCCAGGCAACUAAGGAUGCUGGUGUCAUUGCUGGUUUGAAUGUUAUGCGUAUCAUCAACGAGCCUAGUGCAGCUGCGGUUGGGUAUGGUCUUGACAAGAAGGCUACAAGUGUUGGUGAGAAGAACGUUUUGAUCUUUGACCUUGGUGGCGGUACUUUCGAUGUCUCUCUUCUUACCAUUGAAGAAGGUAUCUUUGAAGUGAAGGCGACUGCAGGAGACACUCAUCUUGGUGGUGAGGAUUUCGACAACAGAAUGGUGAACCACUUUGUCCAAGAGUUCAAGAGGAAGAACAAGAAGGAUAUUAGUGGUAACCCGAGAGCUCUAAGGAGGUUGAGAACCGCCUGUGAGAGAGCGAAGAGGACUUUGUCUUCUACGGCUCAGACCACCAUCGAAAUCGACUCUCUGUUCGACGGUAUUGACUUCUACGCUCCAAUCACCCGUGCCAGAUUCGAGGAGAUGAACAUGGAUCUCUUCAGAAAGUGUAUGGAGCCUGUUGAGAAGUGUCUUCGUGAUGCUAAGAUGGACAAGAACUCGGUCGAUGAUGUUGUCCUAGUUGGUGGCUCUACCCGUAUCCCCAAGGUCCAGCAAUUACUCCUUGACUUCUUCAAUGGCAAAGAGCUUUGCAAAUCUAUCAACCCCGAUGAGGCUGUUGCAUAUGGUGCAGCUGUCCAGGCAGCUAUUCUCAGUGGUGAGGGUAAUGAGAAGGUUCAAGAUCUCCUCUUGCUCGAUGUCACACCAUUAUCUCUUGGUCUUGAAACCGCUGGAGGAGUCAUGACUGUCUUGAUCCAGAGAAAUACAACCAUCCCCACAAAGAAGGAGCAAGUCUUCUCAACUUAUUCAGACAACCAACCUGGCGUCUUGAUCCAAGUCUAUGAAGGUGAGAGAGCAAGAACCAAGGACAACAACCUGUUGGGUAAAUUCGAGCUUUCCGGUAUCCCUCCAGCUCCAAGAGGUGUUCCUCAAAUCACCGUCUGUUUCGACAUUGAUGCGAAUGGUAUCCUCAACGUCUCGGCUGAAGACAAGACAACGGGACAGAAGAACAAGAUUACAAUCACCAACGACAAGGGAAGGUUGUCCAAGGAUGAGAUUGAGAGAAUGGUUCAAGAAGCAGAGAAGUACAAGUCAGAGGAUGAAGAGCACAAGAAGAAGGUGGACGCCAAGAAUGCUCUCGAGAAUUACGCAUAUAACAUGAGGAACACAAUCCGCGAUGAGAAGAUUGGCGAGAAGCUUGCAGCAGAUGACAAGAAGAAGAUUGAAGACUCGAUUGAAGCAGCCAUUGAAUGGCUAGAAGGGAAUCAGCUAGCAGAGUGUGAUGAAUUUGAGGACAAGAUGAAAGAGCUUGAGAGUAUUUGCAACCCGAUCAUUGCAAAGAUGUACCAAGGCGGUGAAGCUGGUGGUCCAGCUGCAGGAGGAAUGGACGAGGAUGUUCCUCCUUCUGCUGGAGGUGCAGGUCCCAAGAUUGAGGAAGUCGACUAAUAACAUUCUCUCUCUUACUCAAGUCUUUAUGUGUUUGUAUUUCAACAUUUUCCUGUUUUGUCCCCUCUUUUUUGGUUUUCUUUUUCUUGUGUUGACUCUAUUUUGGGGGCUCGUUUAUUUUGAUUAGCUCCUUAUCUUUUUAAUCUACAACAGAAAUGUUUUGAUUAA